AUUAAAGGUAUACUCGUUAAGCGUUCUAAAGUUUCCGCAAAUAAUGGAAACUACUUCCUAAUUUUAUUCUCUGAGAAUAGUAAUGUGAUCAAUUCACCUACCCCAGAAAAGGUACUUUACAUAGAGACGGAAAUUGGGCUUCAGUCGGCAUCGAAGACCAUAAUCAUGGUAAAACAGAAAAAGUCGAGCAAAACAGAGGAAGCAGACCCAUAUAGCACGAGGCUUAUAAUGAACUCUCAAUUCUUCAAAAUUGAGGCAAGGUUUAGAAACUUUCUGACACCGAAGCCAGAUCUGAUAAGCAACGAAACGGACCCACUGCCCCGCCUUCAGUACAUGCCUGAGUACAUAACAGAUCUCAUCUGCAAAAAGAAAAAGUUGAAGAAAAAGUGUGAACAAAUGCCUCAGGACAACAAAUAUCUAGAGCGGUACAACAAUGUAAGACAAGAAAUAAGGACCUGGAUUCGACUCCAUGCAACCGUUCUCAAGUGGUUUGACAUGAUAACAGAGCCUGACCAAACUGGGAAUAAAAAUCACUUUUCUACUUCGCUUGAUGUAGCCCGCGUUGAAAGUUUAAUUAAUGACUUCAGAGAGCAUGAACACGAGCCUCUUCAUAUCGCUCGAAUGAUGAUGACUAAAGAGUACACCAAAGACUUGAUCACUGGAAAGGUAUUAAAGGAUAAAUCGGAGGCUAUCCACUUUCACUAUUACUGGUACGCAUUAUUUGCAACUUAUGAAGAUUUCGUAUUAGCACACCCAGAUUAUCGCGAGAAUUUUAUAUGUCAUAAAAUAGAAAGAGACUGGUACAACAUAUUACAAAAGGAACAUAAAAGACAGAAGUCAAGUUGGUCACAUUUAGUACAAAAAUAUAAUUUAAGAAAAAACCCUCGCUGAGUAAACCCCAAUGAUUGUACUUACCCCUACUUAUAAUAAUUAAACUGGGUUUACCAAU